CACCUUGGUACCAUCUUGGUAAUCAGGCAGCGGUCCCCGGCCUUCUUGCACCAGCCGCUUCUGGAUCCCAUCCGCUCGGAGCUGCGAUAUAUGGUCCGCCAUGAUGGCUCCACACCCAAGUUCUGCUCCGGCGCAGCCUUCGUUUGCUUCCGUAGCCACUUGAGGAAUCGUCGAAGUUUGCUUCGGCUAGUUCCGGACAUACUCGGUCAUGUCCGUAUCCGGUCUCGGCCGCGUCCGGUAGCACUCGUAGUAUUUCGGAAAGAGUCGUAGUGCUUGUGUGCUCUGUGCUUAUUGCAAAGAGGGCGCUUGUGAGGGAAGCCUAGCAUUGGGGCUCUCAAAUCCAGCUUGUGGAAGCUGGGAGGUGUACAUCUUCAUGUAUUGUACCCCUGGGCUUUCCUGAUAAGUUUGAUAGUCUUCGCUUCUUCUUCCCAUGGGUGAUCGCUGCUGCCCGGUGUCUGUCUGCUAGGGACGCGUCUUUGCACUGAAAACACCUCUAUGUAGCAAUGGCAAAGUUUGCAGUCUUCGAGGCUUCACAGAACUAUUCUUCAAACAGGGGGGAAAUUUCGGGAUGGUGCCAAUCCUCAAACCUCGAAGUAAAAGACAAGAGGGAGCUUGCGCAGCCUAGACAACUAUGAGAAUGCUGGUGUUGGACAACAAAGACGAGCUGAAGCUGCUGAAGAAAAAGCUGGAGAGCUGCUUUCCUGAGUCCUUGAAGGUUCAUGGGGCUGUUCUGAAUGCAUAUCAGGGAAAUCCCUUUCAUCAGGAGAUACUAGUGGAUUCCUGGCCCAGUUUCCAAGUUGUUAUUGCACGGCCCAAGAGAGAGAAAGCAUCAGAAACCAACUACUUUGCCCAAUCCUGUGCAGUUUUCUAUAGGGACCUAGAUUCCUACAAGCAAUUGGUUAACGAUACUGAUGCCAUUGACUGGAACCAAGAAUUCCUCCUCCAAGGUCUGCAGGAUGGUGUGUAUCGGACAUCUUUGAGCCUAGCUGCUGCGAAGCACUUCUCUACAAAGCUGGUGUCUCGAACCCAGGUUUUUGUUCUGCAGAAGCCCCUGCACUUGUCUACUCCCACCCCCGUGUCAGGCUCAAAGCUGAAGCUCUCAUCCCUCAGUACCACUCAUGCCAGCCUGCUGAAUGAGACCUGGAGCAUAGGUGGCAAUGAGCAAAGUCUUCAGUAUCUGACUCAGCUGAUCAGCUGCUUCCCCAGUAGUUGCCUUCUGGAUGCUAGAGGCUGCCCAGUAUCUUGGGUCCUGCUAGAUCAGUUUGGGUGUCUGACCCAUGCAUACACCAUGCCAGCUCACCGUGGCAAAGGCUACAUUCAAUUGGUGAUAGCAGCACUGGCCAGGAAACUAGAAAGCCUGGAUUAUCCAGCAUAUGGUGAUGUUCUGGAAGACAACAUACCUAUGCAGAAGGCCCUGCAAUGCCUUGAAGCCUGUUUCACCACUUGCUUUCUGUCAUAUGACCUGCAUACUCCUGCUGUGACUGGCUCCUCAAAUACUCAGACAGUAGAAGCAGCCUCAGUUGCCUAAUUCAUAUGCCCUUGCAAAUAUGUUGUCAUCCACUUCAAAGUUUCUGCAUGAUUAUGAUUUUUCAUUAAAGUACAGUGACUGACA